GUGGUGCUUGGUUUCAACUCCUUCGGACGGCUAGAGAGAGAGCUAUGGGGGCGGUUCUGUCAGGUUUCUUUGGAGGAGACGCGGCCGCUGCCGACAACUCGUCUUCUGCGGCGUCACCGUCAGGCCGGUCUAGCGUCCUCACCUUUCACUCCUCCGACAGAUGGAAGCUUCACUUGAACGCCUCCAAGCAAAUCCCCAAGCUGAUGGUGGUGGAUUUCUCGGCGUCGUGGUGCGGGCCCUGCAAGUUCAUGGAGCCGGUAAUCGAAGCGAUGGCCGCCAGGCUCAGCGACGUCGAGUUCGUCAAGAUCGAUGUGGAUGAAUUGUCCGAUGUGGCGCGGGAGUUCGACGUGCAGGCGAUGCCGACGUUCGUGUUGCUGAAGCAAGGAAAGGAGGUGGACAAGGUCAUCGGGGCCAACAAGGAUGAGCUCGAGAAGAAGAUUGAGAAGCACAGAGAGAAACCUAAAUUUGCUGCUUGAUUCAUUCUUCUAUUAAGUAAACCUCCUGUCCCAAAGCUUCGCCCCUUUAUUUAUAUGCUCAUAACUAUCUUAAUUCAGCGAUCAUGAAUAUGAACACAAACCGUGGCAACUCUUGUUUAAAUGUUUGUCACUUCUAGGUCUUUGUCUAGAUUGUUUUAUCUUCAACUGUGAUCCUCCUCCUGGAUUAUCUUGAUAUUAAUCUCUCGUGCUGCUUUGGGGUUA